UGUAUCAUUUAAGAACCCCAAUCAUUACAAUGGCGCCCAACGGGUUAAUGUUUGUUUUUUAGGUAGCAGUCCCUUCAAUUGGUUGUUACAAUAUAAGGUGGUAUUUUUAUUGUUUAUUAUUUUGUAUGCUUACUCUAUUCAUUUGAAUUAAGAUUGUAAAGUUUAUUUACAAUAAUUCACUUUAUUUGCUAUCGCUUUCGACUAGAGUCAAAUUGCAAAAUAUAUUUUUUUUGUGUAAUAAUCCGCCAAUUUUUAAAGAAAAAGUAAUUUUGGGUCUUUAGUUUUUUAGAAUUAAUAUAAAGUACGUUCGGCCAUGGAUCCCAACCAACUAUUAAAAGAUGAGUUAGAGUUUGAGCUAGCCUGUAGGGGCAUUUACGAUGUAAAAACUUGCGCACCGAUGAGAAAAAUAUUAAAAGAAAUAAUUUACCAAGAGUCUUGUGGAACAUCUUCCAUAAAAUUGAAAGUGCCUACUAAUUGUGUAGAGAGGCCAUUGGAGGAAAUCGAAAUCUGUGAAAGUAAACACCGGGCGUUAAAAGCCGCCGUUAAUGAAAUUCGCGAUAGUCCGGAUGCAUAUAAUUUGAAACGCAUCCGAACUCGGAUUGAACACUUGAGCAAUCGGGUAGGGUUCAUCGUUCCUUCUGAAGAAAUUUUAAUAGACCGUCAUGCCAUAGUACGCAGCAACAUUCGGGAACUUAUGCAAUCUCUAGCAGACUUACAAAGUUCUGAUGACAUUGAAGGCCAGGAGGAAAUAUCUGAUGAAGUAAAAGAAAUCCUACAUAAGUCACUUGGAGAGGGAGCUCUAAGCAUUAUUCAUAAUAUUGAUCAGAAACCGUCUCCAUCUUGUAAUAAUAGCCAAACAAACAGUAAUCAAAAAAAGAUAGAAAGACAAGGAAAUUUUAUGCGUACUUCUACAGUUGAAAAAGAAACCACAAAACGUAAACUAGUACCAAUAAAGGACUGGGGUGUCAAAUUUAAUGGGGGCAGCAAUCCAAGCAUUAACGCCUUUCUCGAAAGAAUCGAGGAACUAAAGGAUGCUCGUAAUGCUGAUGAUGAUGAUUUAUACAGAUAUGCAAUUGAUUUUUUUGAGGAUGAAGCCCUAAUUUGGUAUCGUGCCAAUCGAGAUAUUGUGUCAAGUUGGAAUGAGUUAGUAGAUCUUUUAGUAGUAACAUUCCAAAAACCAUUUUAUCAGGAGGAGUUACUUGAUGAAAUAAAAAAUAGAACUCAGGCUAAGACUGAAAGUGUCCUCAUAUACGUGGCAAUAAUGCAAAACAUGUUCAACAGAUUACCGACCAAGCUCCAGGAAUAUCAAAAACUUGCAAUUUUACAAAAAAAUGUUCAGCCGUAUUUUCAGCAAGCCAUCUGCAGGGAACAUUUUAAGUCUGUUUCUGACCUGGUUCAGGUACUCCGUGUGCUUGAAAACACCAAGCUAAAUUGUGAUAGGUUUAAAGAACCCAUAUUGAGUCAUGGCUCCCUUGAGCCAGAUCUAGCUUUUAAAGGGCAGGUAGGUAAUGUAGAACAUAGUGGACAUAAUAGUCAUGACAUUAACGUCAUGGGGCAUAACACUAUUCAGCAGUCCAGCAUAUUAGCAAAAGCCAACACUAUGAAAUGUUGGAAUUGUAGAUCUUCAGGUCACAUCUUUAGGGAGUGUAAUCAGCCGCAACAAAGGCUAUUUUGCUUUCGAUGCGGUAAAUUCGGGGUGACAUCAAAAAAUUGCCCGUGCUUGAAUGUUUCACAAGCGGGAAACGAAAGAGCGGAAGACAAGCCUGCCAGUCGUCUUCCGUAAGAAAGGUAAACGAUUAUGAAUGGCAGAGCUGGCUUAAAACCAUAUCUGAUUUUUUCAAUAAGAAAGAACUCUGCAGUUUCCAUGUCAGUAAAAGCGAUCAACGUUAUUACGGUAAAAUAACAAUCUUAGGGCAAAAUUUUGUAGGUUUACUGGAUUCUGGUGCCACGGCCUCUGUUAUUUCAAAAAACUUUUACGAAAAACUAAAAUAUUUCGGAUUUGACACUCACAUUGUCGCAAAUGAGAAAAUUUCAACCGCUGAUGGUACCUGUCAUGAAAUUAACUCAAUCGUUUACUUGCCCGUCCAAUUUAAUAACUCAUAUAAAGUAAUUACAUUUUACAUCAUGAGUCAAUUAAAUCAUGACAUCAUCCUCGGAAUGAACUUCUUCGGUGCUUUCGACUUGUGCAUUGACACAAAACGAAACAUAACCUCUAAUGCGAUUUUGAACUCAGACGUAGAAAUCUCAGAAAUCGACAUCCGAACUUCUAUUGUCCCUCGUGAGUCGUUGUUGCCUAAUCAACAAGUAGUUCUUGAGUCAUUGAUUCAAGAAAUGAAAACUGAAAUAGGCACAGGUCUAGGCAGGACUCAUUUACUGGAGCAUAGAAUAGACACUGGAGACCACUUACCAGUAAAUCAACGCCAGUACCCAUUUUCCCCACCAAUUAUGAAGGAAUUGGAACAAGAAAUACAGGACAUGAUUGAAAUGGAUGUUGUAGAACCUUCACACAGCUCUUGGCGAUCUCCAGUACUCUUGGUAAAGAAAUCAACAGGGAAAAAUCGAUUAUGCUUAGACAGUAGACAAUUAAAUAAAGUAACAAAAAAAGAUUCUUACCCUUUGCCAAGAGUUUCAGUUAUCUUAGAUAGCUUAAAAAAUGCGCAAUAUCUGUCAACAAUCGAUUUAAAAUCAGCAUUUUGGCAAGUUCCGUUAGAGGAGGAGAGCAAGCAGAAAACGGCAUUUGGCUUGGCAGGAAAAGGACUUUAUCAGUUUAAGGUCAUGCCCUUCGGUCUCUGCAAUGCAUCACAAACCCAGCAACGUCUGAUGGACAGGCUGUUCCCGCCACAAUUCGAGGGCAAGGUAUUUUCGUAUCUGGAUGAUAUCGUCCUGGUGGAUAGCAAUUUUGAGAGCCACAUAGCUUCAUUGAAGUGGGUGCUGGAGCAAUUAAAAAUGGCGGGACUAACAGUCAACAUGGAGAAAUGUCAAUUUGCUCGGUCAUCGUUGAAAUACUUAGGGUACAUCGUGGAUAAAGAUGGAUUAAGGACAGAUCCGGAUAAAGUAGGCGCCAUACUAAACUACCCAAAGCCAUCGACAUUUACAGAACUAAAAAGAUUCAUUGGGCUCGCAAGCUGGUAUCGGCGUUUUGUUCCGAACUUUGCCAUGGUAGCCGCACCACUUCAUGACAUGACAAAAGGAGGUAAAAAAGGGAAGACCGUAACUUGGACGAAUGAAGCUGAGAAAGCGUUCAUGGACUUAAAAACGGCAUUAACGUCAACGCCGGUACUUAAAGUUCCCGACUACAGUAAAGAAUUCUCGAUACAGUGCGAUGCAUCAAAUUAUGGGGUCGGAGCGGUACUCAUUCAAGCUUUUGACGGGACAGAGAUGCCUAUAGCCUACACCAGUCGCAAGUUGACUGACAGGGAGUGCAAAUACUCUGCCUCGGAAAGAGAGCUCCUGAGUGUCCUCCAUGCCAUUGAGCAGUUUCGGCCAUACGUAGAGGGCAGUCACUUUAAAGUUAUCACGGACCAUAGUGCUCUUCAGUGGUUACACAAAAAUAAAGAUCCCCAUGGGCGAUUGGCCAGAUGGGCCAUGUGUCUCCAACAAUUCGAUUAUGAAGUCACACAUCGAAAGGGAAAGGAUAACAUUGUUCCGGACGCACUUUCUAGGGCAUUGCCUGAAGAAAUAAGCGUCAUCGAGAUCACACCCUCUGAUAAAGACGAUUGGUAUAAAUCAAUCGAAAAGGGCAUCAGUGAAGGCAGCGCUUCAUCUGAUUGGGAAAUAAAUCAACAGCAGUUGUGGAAAUAUCUGCCAUUGAAACAAUUCCCGGACGAAAAUUACAGCUGGAAACUUGUUAUUCCAGAGAAGCUCCGCAACCAAGUUUUAAAGGAAUGUCAUGACGAUCCAACUUCCGGACAUCUCGGAAUGAAGAAAUCGAUAAACAGGACUCGACAACAUUACUACUGGCCAUCAUUAAUACAGGACGUAAAAGAUUAUGUCAGGAAAUGUCAAGUGUGUGCCAAACAUAAGGUCUCUCAGCUUCCGCCAUCGGGAAAGUUAGGAUUACAUAGAGAGGUAACGGAACCAUUCCAAAUGUUAUCAGUUGAUUUGAUGGGUCCUUUUCCUCGGUCAAAGCAUGGUAACACUAUGCUUCUGGUGUUUUCUUGCUGGUUUAGUAAGUUUUCCUUGUUAUUUCCACUUAGGAAUGGUAAAACAUCGUUAAUAACAAAAAUCUUGGAAGAACAAAUAUUCUUAAUAUACGGCACACCUAAGGUUAUUAUUUGUGAUAACGGGAAACAGUUUACUUCAAAUGAAUUUAAAGAUUUGGCAAAUACAUAUGGAGUAGAACUUUGGUUCACACCAUAUUACCAUCCUCAAGCAAAUCCAACGGAAAGAGUAAACAGAGUAAUAGGUACAGCUAUCGCUUCGUACAUCAAUGACAAUCACAAGGAAUGGGACCAUUACAUUCCACACAUCGGGCACGCAUUAAGAACAGCGGUACAUGAGGUAACUGGUAAGACACCAGCUUACUUAGUAUUUGGGCGAGAAACAUCCGUCCAUGGCACGAAAUCUAGCCAUUUUGACUCCAGUAAUCCAAUUGAUUUUAACAGAGAUUCCAUUGAAGACAAAAUUAAACUAAGAAAGGAGAUAUUUGAUGAUGUGAAUACUAGGUUAAAGAAAUCAUAUGAAACAAAUAAACAAUAUUAUGAUAAAAGGCGUAGGGUUUGUGAAUAUCGCGUAGGAGAAAUCGUUUGGAAGCGUACCAAACAUUUGUCAAAUGCAAAUAAAAACUUUAUGGCUAAACUGUCCCCUAAAUUUGAAAAAGCAGU